GCAAGGUCAAAAUUGUUCUCGCGUGCCCAAAUUGAAAAUUGCUCAGUUGACGCUACAAUGGCGACGCAUCCAACGGACCUCCAACUCACGUACUUUGACAUGCCGGGGCGGGGGGAAUUCAUUCGUCUGCUGCUCACGUACGGUGGCAUCCCGUUUGACGACGUCCGCAUCAAGUUCCAAGACUGGCGUGCAACCAAAACCGUGCUGCACUUGCCGUUUGGUCAAAUUCCAACGUUGAGGGCGAAUGGCAAGGUGUACGCACAGAGCCUCGCUCUCGCUCGCUAUGCCGCCAAGCUUGCGGGACUGUACCCUGCAUCGAACUUGGUGGCUCUUGAAGCGGACUCGUUGAUCGACGCAAUAUUGGAAAACUGGGACAAGUACAACGACAUUGUGUACAGUGACGACGAUGAAGCUUCCAAGAAGAUAAGGCUGGCGACUAUUGAGAGCGCUGUGUUUCCGCGACUUCUCGACGCACUCAACAAGCGCACGGUCGGCCCGUACUUCACUGGGCCGGAGCCAACACACGCCGAUAUCUACUGGUUUGACUUUUACAAGCAUGCCCUGCUUGAGUUUCCCGACAUCAUGGAACUUUUGCAUCGCGAUUACCUCAAAUUGGCUGCAAUCGCAGAAGCUAUUCGAAGCAGCAGUCAACUAGCCCAGUACGGCCAGUAAGGGUUCAGCCGUGACUCCAUCGCGAUUUUUGCAUUGAUUUUGAAAAUACCCUUACUACUGUAUGUGCUACAUACAAGUUUAAUGAUGGUGUGUACAACGCUUACGAGUGUUUUUCACGUUCACUGUUCAG